AUGCCAUCAUUGCUGGAACUCCUGGCAUUGGAAAAUCUGUGGUUUCUUUUAUGUCUUUUGGCAUUUGAUCCAACUGACAUUCCUGGGUUUCCUGUUGAUGCUUGUUCUGUGAUUUUGUCAAGUACUCCUCAAAAUGAUUUUAUUAGUGCAUUCAGCAAGUUGGUCCCUGCUCCUCCCGUCUUUUAUAUGCCUUUAUGGACUAGAGAAGAAUUGGAAGUUGUUGUACCCCUCCACCCUGAUGCAGCUGAUAUUUGGAUGGAGCACUUUGAACUUUUAGCUUGUAAACAAUGUGAUCUGGAGGACUGUAUCAAGUUGGUUUCAGUUCAUUCUGAAAUCACACCCAAAACAAAGAUUAUUCAAACAUUGAUUCAUCUCAAGUCAAAUCCACCUCAUGAGGAAGCAUCAGUGGUAUAUGCAUCAGAAACUGCAAUGAAAAUCAUUGCUUGUACAAAAUGGACUGAUGAGCAUCUUAAAAUGCAGAAUCUUCUUGGUUCAUGUUCUGGAAACCCCCUUGCUGCAGCCCUGUGUGGAUACAUCUUUGAACCCUAUGCUAUUGAUUUAUUGAAACAAGGUGGUACUUUCCAAUGCCAAGAACUUGUCUCUGGUAACAAAAGGCUCAAGCAAGAUUCCUUUGAUCUUAAUGUUUCAAAAUCAGUACACCCUCGACAAGUUGUUGACUGUGUUGAAGAAGGGCCAAAUGGCUGA